CCAGGCUGCCUGUGUCUUUUCUUUCUAAACGACGCCACUGCCAUAUUCUUCCGUCUGUAAUUCUCAUUCCCCCUCCCACUCACUCUCAAACGCCCACUCAAGAUAGUAGUAAUCCAUCUCAUCCCACUCCUACCCGCCCUCCAUCGCCGGCCGCCGCCCCUCUCUCCGGUGGGUGGAUCAUUAGAAAAAAAGAAGUAGAACCCACCAAAUGCCGAAGAGGUCCCUGGCUUAAGCAACCGCCGGUCCUCCUCACGAAGCCUCUUUUUUUUUUUUUUUUUUUUUUUGGUUUCCUUUUCUGUCAACUCUUGUGCACAAACAGAACAUUGCAAUGUCCGACUCGGCCACGGACGGGCCCAUGGCCGAUAAACCGCCCCGCGACGACAUCAACAUGCUCGCGCGCUCCAGGAGCCGCGCCAGUGCGGUCGAGAAGGAAGAUUGGGCCGCCGGACAGAGCCAAACCGAUCCUGCGGUCCUGCACGACCCGGAAAUGCAGUCGACAGAUCCCGAGGACCAGUAUACAACCUCCGACGACGAAGAUCAGCCGCAGACUGUCGUCUCGCGCGUGCUCUCGCGCAUCACAUCCAAGUCUAGCAUUGACCCGGGGCCGCCUCCCGACGGCGGCGCGCGCGCUUGGGCGCAGUGUCUUGCUGCACAUCUCAUCAUCUUCAACACAUGGGGCUGGGCCAACUCAUUCGGCUCGUUCCAGUCAUACUAUGUGGCUCUUCUGGACCGGUCCCCGUCUGAAAUCUCGUGGAUCGGAUCCAUAGCCGUGUUCCUGCUCUUCUUCAUCGGUGCGUUUACCGGCCGUCUCACUGACGCUGGCUACUUCCGGCCCCUCAUUGUGGUUGGAUCUGUGCUCAGUAUUCUCGGCAUCUUCAUGACCUCGCUAUGCACGCAGUACUGGCAGCUGCUGCUUGCGCAGGGAAUCUGCACGGGUAUCGCCAACGGCUGCAUCUUCUGCCCGACUCUUGCUGUUGUGUCGACGUAUUUCCAGAAGAAGCGCGCUCUUGUCCUUGGCAUUGCGGCUUGCGGAAGUGCUACUGGUGGGCUUGUCUUUCCUAGUAUGGUCAGGCAGCUUCUGCCGACAGUCGGGUUCGGAUGGACCGUCCGCGCCAUUGGCUUUGUCCAGAUGGUGCUGCUGAUUGUUGCUAAUAUUCUGCUUAAGCCACGCAUUAGACCGCGCAAGACGGGGCCGCUAGUUGAGCUGUCUGCGUUCAAGGACUGGGAUUAUACAUUUUAUGCAGCUGCCGGAUUCUUUAACUUCUGGGGAGUCUACUUUGCAUUCUUCUAUCUUCCAGCAUACUCGCGCGACGUGCUGAACCCACCACUAUCCUACUCAGAGUCGCUAAACCUGCUCCUCAUCCUCAACGGCGUUGGUGUUAUUGGCCGUCUUGCCCCCAAUGCUAUAGCGGAUCGUGUCGGUGCCGUCAAUGUCUUCAUCCCGACGUCCGCUGCGGCGUCCAUUCUCAUGUUUUGCUUCAUCGCCAUUGACAAGCCCGCCGGCCUCUAUACAUGGGCCAUCAUCUACGGCAUCGUCGCAGCAGGUAUCCAGAGUCUUUUCCCAGCCGCCCUCUCUUUCCUCACUACCGACUUGCGCAAGCUCGGCGUCCGCAUGGGCAUGAUCUUCACCAUUGUCAGCUUUGCCGUGUUGACUGGCCCUCCCGUUGCCGGCGCUAUUAUCAGCAGCCCCGCUGGCUAUACUGGUGCCAAAGCAUUUGCCGGAAGCUCUCUCGCUCUUGGCUGUGCAUGCCUGAUUGCUGCCAAGAUGGCCACCAUGAAGCGCACAGGCAAGGGCUGGAAGAGUAGGACCUAACGGGUAUCCCGAAUGUACAUUGUGUAGCGCUUAUUUCUUACAUAUUUCCACAUAGCAUUUAGUACAUAGCAUAGUAGCAUUAUAAUGA